AUGCUUGCUGACGUCUCCAUUUACCUGCUAUCAUUUCUCCUCUCAGUCGGAAGUGCAGCACUCGCGAAAGCCGUGCCCCCAGCUUUCCGUAGACCAGCUAGCGACGCCGUAGACCAUGUUGAUCCGAUAAUCGGAAACGGCGGGGUGAUCCCCUCUCACACUGGGGGAAUGAUACCUUCCACAGCUCCGCCUUUCGCUAUGACUCGCUGGGUGGCUCAAACUCGCCAGAACUACGUCUCCGUGCCCCCAUACAUACUAACUGAUACCUCUAUCCAUGGCUUUCAGGGUACUCAUCAACCCGCAAUAUGGAUGGGCGAGAGCGGGCAGGUUAUAGUAGUCCCCGGUGCUGGCAAUAUAAGGAGCAAAUUUGAAGAUAGGGGCAUGACCUUCGACAAAGGCACGGAAGUCAGGACGGCUAGUUACUAUAGUGUCGAGCUAGAUGCCCUUGGAGGCGGAACGAUUCUUGCUGAACAGAGUGCUACCUCUCGUGUUGGGCAUUUACGCUUCACCUUCCAACAUACUUCUACGCCCUAUGUCAUUGUGGAGGCAACUCGGGCAGCCGUCGUCGGCCAUACGGAUACGACCAAUACGACUCUUCAUAUUGGCUCCAUUCGCAUCGAUCCACAUGCUCGCGAGAUAUGCGGGAGCAACCCAGAGCGACAGGACUCUAUCAUCGGCCCGCUGUCUACCCCUGCGCGAGGGUUCAGUGGGUAUUUCUGCGCCCGAUUUGCUCAACCCUUUGCAAGCUGGGGCGUCGCGACGAACGGAACAACCCAUGCUGGGGUCACGCGACGGGACGACCGGCUUCUCUCUGGCUUUGCUACUUUCGCACCAUUUACGAAGGUUGUUGACGUUCGGAUUGGCGUGUCGUUUAUCUCCAUCGAGCAAGCUAGACGCAACCUCGAUAGAGAGAUCCCCGACAGCGAGACACUGGAAGCGACUGCUCGGAAGACUCGGGUAGCAUGGGCAGAGAAGUUGGACCGUAUACAACUCGAAGGGGCUACGGAGAAGCAGAAAACGAUUUUUUACACUGGCUUCUUCCACUCGUUGCAGUACCCCUAUGAGACCAGUGAGGAGGGUAGAUACUAUUCAGGGUUCGACGAUCAAGUUCAUCAAGGCGAUUCUUACAAUGGCUAUUCUAUCUGGGACACGUUUCGAGCUGAGUGGGCCUGGCUUAUCCUCUUCGCCCCUGAAAGGAUGCCGGGGAUGAUCACUAGCAUGCUCAAUGAUUUCAAGGAAGUGUGUCCCUCAUUUCUUGACUUCCACGCCGGUUUAAUCAGAGUUGAUAGGGAGGUUGGCUUCCAAAAUGGAAGAACAUCGUCGGUAGGAACGCAUGCUGAUUCGCAGAUCUCCGAAGCGGUUGUCAAAGGAGUACGAGGUUUCGAUCUCGAGCUAGCGUGGCAAGCAGUAGUGAAAGAUGCAUCCGUCCCCCCUGUGGACGACAAUACGACCAUUUACGGUGAUCGGCAAGAGAACGUCGAUUACGAAGUUCGCUCUGGGCUUUCCACCGUAUACGCCCAGAAUGGUUGGGUAGCUAGUGAUGUUCACUCCGAGGCUGGUUCGUGUACUUUGGACUACUCCUAUGAUGACUAUGCUAUAUCCCUCUUCGCGGAUGUCCUUAACAAGACGGAAGAUGCCCAGUUUUACCGCGACCGUGGGUUAGGAAACCCCUUCAAGAUCUUCAAUGAUGCAACCGGCUUUAUGGAGGCACGCAAUGCGAACGGGUCUUUCGCGGGGCCCGAUGCAGGCUGGACCGAAGGCGAUAAAUGGAUAUAUACGUUUGACGUAGUCCAGAAUAUUCCGGAGCUGGCGCGGAGGAGGGGCGGUAACGCAAACUUCGUCCAGUUCUUGGAUGAGCACUUUGAUGGAGCCCACAACCAACACACCAACGAGCCGUCCCACCAUAUACCUUACCUUUAUGGCUUGGUGAAUGCCUCAUCCAAGACGCAAGAGCGUGUACGAUCAAUUGCCGUCACUGACUACGAUGAUACGCCAACUGGACUACUUGGAAACGAAGACUGUGGUCAAAUGAGUGCCUGGUAUCUGUUCUCUGCCUUGGGUUUUUACCCUGUUGAUCCUGCCUCAGGAAACUAUGUGAUCGGCUCUCCCUUCUUCGAUAAAGCUACGAUCAGGCUUCCUGGGGUGGCCCGACCUCUUGUCAUCUCCUCGCCAGGUGCCCCGUCGCAGAUAUAUGUCAAGACUUCGGUCAUAAAUGGGGAGAAGAUCAGUAACUCCAUCAUAGCCCACGAACAACUUAUCCAUGGUGGCGAGCUGCAGUUUGAGAUGAGCUUGGUUGUCGUUUAA